GAAAAUCUUUGUUUACUCGUCAACUGGUAGGUAUCUCGUGCAAGUGUUUUUGUUAUUGUGUAGACCAGAAAAACAACAUCAGUGCUAUUUUCUCCUAAAGUAACGUGUUUGUGAAUUCGUCGUGAAGUGUUUACUGGAUGAUUUACAGCAACGAAUUGCACAGGACACAUAAAAGAAUUUCCAAAGUCAUUGUGAAUAAUCAAGUGAUCGAGAUCCUAUGAAUUUAUUUGUCUGAUUCGAAUUAUGUAAUGCUAAAAUAAUGAUAUUGAUAUCCUUUACUAAUAGUGACAUACGUAUACGUAGAUUAUACGUUUAUUCGUGUGAUAAAUAAACAUUGUUAGCACGACACGUGGGGCACAGUGAAUUAAAAUCGAUAAUAGACGUAAGCGUGCGCCAGUGUAUCAGCGAGACGAUUCUACGUCAAGGUCACUUCAUAUAAACACGUGCAAUGUCGGAUUCUAUUUACACCCAUGACUUUCUUUUAGAUUCUGGUUUAGAGAUUAAACAAGAAACACCAUUCGAAAUAGGCGCGAUGUCCGCCUCGGUCCCUAUACCUCAGCGUCGUACAGACCUCGGUGAUUUCAAUCAGGACUAUGAUCUGUGUUUACCAGACAAUCAAGUCGGUUCCUUCCAUAACGUUCCCACGUACAACAAGUCUUCCUUCGAAGUGGACACAUCAAAAAUGGAAUUGUUCAAAAUGGAGGAUGACGAUAUAUUCCAAGUGGACAAAGCUGACCUAAUACUCGGACCGACUCUAGCAGAGUUGAAUGCGAAUCCCGAUACGUCUUUGGACGACCUAAACUUUGAUGACCUACUUUUGCCUGAGGAAAGUGAAUAUUGCAUUCAAAUAGGCGGUGCUAUGUCUGGCAACAGACGCCCAAUGAACACAUUGCAGCCGAAUAGCACUCUCACGUCUGAGAGCCCAUGCAGUCCGUACAGCCGUGCACAACUUGCCUUCUCCCCUUCCAGCCAACACAGCUCUGCUUCCUCGAGUUUUGCACCGCCUGUAAAUCAAUUACCAGAACUUCUUCUACGUUUGGAUGGCUACAGUGGUGAAAUAGCUUUGGGUCAGUCUGUACCUGCAUCUUCCAUUUUGCCCCCAUAUCCCACCAGUGUGAAGCAGCACCAGGCACAGCUGUCUUCUUCAGCUCCAACACAUCUCACUCGCGAACAGAUCUGGCAACGCAGGGAACCUCGCAAGCAUUUACUAUCAACAAGUUCUCUGGCUGAGGCUGGAUCUAUUUCAUCCCUGUCUGGAGAUCUGCUCAGUCCUGGAACUAAUGAGUUCUCCCAGGAUGAAGAUGAAAAAGACAUUGAAUCUGAUGAGGACAGUGACAGAUAUGAAGACCUUUCAUCUGAUGAAUCAAAUGAUGAAAGUCCAGAGAAAAGGGAAGCAAGGCAGAAUGCUAAAAAAGAGAAAUUCUUUUGGCAAUACAAUGUUCAAGCAAAAGGUCCCAAAGGCCAGCGUUUGAUACUCAAGAAGAAAUCAGAAGACCCUCAUGUGUUGAAUAGUGUCACUGAUCCAGUAUUCAGUCCAAAUUGUAAUGUAAAAGGCAUCAAACACAGUGGCAAAGCUAGAAAAGGCGACGGAAAUGAUUUGACACCAAAUCCAAGGAAGCUUUAUCUGAUUGGUAAUGAAUUGGACAAACUAGGUAAAAUAAUUAAUGACAUGAUUCCUGUCAGCGAACUGCCAUUCAACGUGAGGCCAAAAACAAGAAAAGAGAAGAAUAAAUUAGCCUCAAGAGCGUGUCGUUUGAAGAAGAAAGCUCAACAUGAGGCAAACAAAUUGAAAUUGUAUGGGCUACAACAGGAACAUAAACGUCUAAUAAAUGGUAUCAACCAAAUGAAACAAGUGCUGAGUAAUCGGGUGACAAAUCCAGAUGCAAGUGUGGACUGGUCCUCACAUGUCACUGGGAUAGUCAGUACGGCUACAGAGGUGAAAAUAGGAGGGAACACAUCAGAAUUCGUGAACAAAGUGUUGGAUAACGUCAGAUCUGGCCAGAAUAAUGGCGGUCUCAACGACAUGCAAGCAUUUUAGGUCAGACUCACGAUAAUAAUAACGAAAGGCUGUUUUAUGUACCUCCAAAGUUUUAUAGAGAAAUUAUGACACAUAUAAAAUCUUAUUGUCGAAGACAAUUUUAUUUUUAUAUGAAUACAAAAUAGACUAAGUCAUUAGAUUGCAAGGCAACUAAAUAUUAAGAGUAUUUAAUAUUUCCUAUAUAGUAUCUUUAUAUGUAUUGUCAUAUAGAUUAAGAGUUUGUUUGAUGUAUUUUAAUUAAGUUUAAAACAUAGAUGUCUAUAUUUUAAGAUCCUUUUUAAGUGUUAUAGAAAAGUUAUAAGUAUAGCAUUCUAUAUUGGAAUCAACAACAUUAUAAACAUAAAAACUAGGGCCCCUCAUAGUAAGUAUAUGAUUGUCUUCAAGAAAGAUUUAAAGCCAUUGCUCACUGGGUUGAGGGCACGAAAUUUUUAGGACAGUAUAAAUAUCAUACAGCCAUGUCUAUGAAACGAAUAUUACGCGUAUGCGACGUAAUACUAGAUUGCUACCUAAAGUCACCCUUAGACUGCCUUCACAUAGUCGCGAGCCGCGCGGCUGCCGGCCGCACUACUCGCGACUUAAUGUGAAGGCAGCCUUAUGUAUACUGUACAUUUAUGUAUUUAUACUGUGCUUAAUGCUUAUGGACUAAAGUUUAUUUACUAUUCAGUAAGAUAUGUUUGAAGUAGGUGAAAAAAAAAAUUCAACACAUUAAUAAUUAUUGUUCAUUGGUGAAUUUCAACGUGGACUUACUUCAAACAUAACGUAAAUAAACUAUUAAUAUUAAAAUAAAUACCUCAAACUUAUGUGGCAUUUUAAUGUGAUGGGAUUUAUGUUGCUUCAUCUGUCGGAAAUUCACCCAGCGUCAAUAGAAAUUAAUUGGAUGCUGUUGUAUUUACAUUAAAUCAUAUUAAGUACAUUUGAUGUAACCAAAAAACAAUCCCGAAAAAUGCUGGCUAUAGCCUAUACAGGGUGCAAUUAAACCUUCCUGCCAAAUUUUUUCCAGAGCUUGUA